GUACAAGGUGUUCUUUGGGCUGAUCCUGUACCGCAAGAGGUACCGCAAGGUCAUCGGUACUCAAUGGAUAACGCUAUGGCGGCACUCAGUGAUCUGCGCUCGCAGCUAGAGAACGAAAGGAAGGAGACGCAGAAGGAUUUACGGAAGUUGCUGGACAAGGAUAGUAAGCGACUGCAACAUGUGGCGCCUGCUACAGGCAGGCAGUCGCGUAAACAGACGAGGUCUCGAACUUUGGAAGAUGAUGAUGGGGCGGUAUCGUCUGGAGGAGACACGGACGGUGACUUCAAGGUAUUAAGCGCUUCAAAUGUCACAAACAUGGACAAAUUGCGGCUAAUUGUCACAAAGGUGGGAAGUGACUGGCGGGGUCGUCGGGCGCGACAGUCGAAGAGAAGGCGUAAGCUGGGAGUGUGA